GCAGAAGCGGAAGUUUAGAAGUGAGGAAGCAGCAGCAGCAGGAAGUAUCUGCCUCGCAAAUCGUGACAGUAAAGUUUGUGUCCUGUGAAAAAUGGCUAAAAACACGGACUCGGCCCGCUUCAGGAAAGUGGACGUCGACGAGUACGACGAGAACAAGUUUGUGGACGAAGAGGAGGGAGGGGAGAACCAGAGCGGUCCGGACGAGGCUGAAGUGGACUCUCUGCUCAGACAGGGGAACAUGAACGCCGCUCUCCUCGCCGUGCUCAAGAAUCCCCCCAUCAACACUAAGAACCAGAACACCAAGGAGCGGGCGGAGCUGCUGGUGGUGCGGGUGCUGAGCAGCUUUAAGAGCGGUGACAUUGAGAAGGCUGUGGGCUCUCUGGACAAAGCCGGAGUGGACCUGCUGAUGAAGUACAUCUACAGAGGCUUCGAGAAACCUUCUGACAACAGCAGCGCCGUGCUGCUGCAGUGGCAUGAAAAGGCUCUUGCAGUCGGAGGAGUGGGAUCUAUAGUCCGAGUCCUGACUGCCAGAAAGACCGUGUGAUGGUAUCAGAGCCCACCUGCUACCAGAUGUGACACCGACACUCGAUCAUGAGAGCUGAGCGCAAGGACUGUUCUUCUUCUUCUGUUUUUUUAUUUUUAUACUGAAGCUAAGUGUCUUUCCUCUUUUUAUUUUUGCUCUCACACACCAAGCUGUGGGAUUUACAGUAAAGGACCUGGCAGUCAGGGAGGGAGGUGCUGGCACCUCACACUGACUCUGUCUGCCAGCCUCGCAGAGAGGGCAGACGCUUCACGCCUUCACAACUUUCUCUCUCCAGAGCAGCUGUGACACCUCUGCUGGCUCCUGUAACACCUCCUCAUCCUCAGAAGCCUCUGAGGGGUCCAGGUUUUAGGAUAUGGAAAAGCCGACUUCCAGAUGGAGACUGCAUGCUGGGAUUGGAGUUGUUUUCCUGAUCAUUUCUUCUUUGAGACCAUCUUUAUCGUCUUUAUGUUUUCUACUUGCAUCAUGUUAUGUGGGGCCUGCUUCUUUUUGUUUUUUUAUAUCAAAAAAAUAAAGUGCUGUAUCUGAAAAUGGA